CGCGGGGCGCUCGCGCUUUAAAUGGCAUCGCUGUCAUCCGAGCUCGCUCGCAGCCGUGUGGGCCGCGGCGGGCUAUAUAAGCGGCGAGCCCGGCAGUCGCGGCCACACGGUGACAGCGGCGGCGAGCGCCUCGGAGCGCAGGGGCAAGGAAGGCAGCGUUCGCCCUGAACCCCUUCGGAGCAAGCGACUCCAGAGCCCCUCCGGAACUAGCAUCCCUUGAGCCCUAACUCCGGAGUAGCUGCGACCCCCCCCCGAACCCCGCUGGAGCAACGACUCCCCGAAAUCCCAGAACCAUAGCAGCAUCUCCAGAGCUCCCUGGAGCCCCGCGGUGCAGCUCUCCCUCUCUUUCCCCCAGCCCCGCGGUGCUGCAGCGCACCCCGACGGGCCUCGAGGCAGCAUAGCAUCUGAGUCCGGCCCUCGCGGGCCGCCAGCGUCCCCAGCAGAUUUGGAUCCGCCGUCCGGAGAGCCGCAGGCUGCCGCCUCCCGGGGGACCCCGGCGCAGGAGCAGCCGCCGCCCGCCGACAACUCCGGCCCCGGCCCGGAGGAGGCCCCCGGGAACGCCAUGGCCUCCGCCAAGCCCGGAGAACUGAUGGGCAUUUGCUCCAGCUACCAGGCGGUGAUGCCGCACUUCGUGUGCCUGGCCGACGAGUUCCCGCAACCCGUGCGCCCCGCGCAGCUCUCCAAGGGCCGGGGUCGGCUGCGGCGGCCGCGCCAGUCGCGCUUCAAGACGCAGCCGGUGACCUUCGACGAGAUCCAGGAGGUGGAGGAAGAAGGGGUGUCCCCGAUGGAGGAGGAGAAGGCCAAGAAGUCGUUCCUGCAGAGCCUGGAGUGCCUGCGCCGCAGCACGCAGAGCCUGUCGCUGCAGCGGGAGCAGCUGAGCAACUGCAAACUGAGAAACAGCCUGGACUCCAGCGACUCCGACUCCGCGCUGUGACUCCGGGGGGGUGCCGGCCAGUAGCGGGGAUCCUGGCACACACCUCCGUGUGUACCCCCCUUAGAGAAGAGGGCCCGCCCGCCCGCGCGCGCGCGCGCUCCGGGCACCUCGGAGGCUUGGAUACCGCGUGCUUGGACUCUCUCCUGGCUCGGACGCGGUGGGGUGCGCCCUGCGCUUUGGCCACUCGAGCCCCCGAGGGCGCACGCGGCUGGGUGGGGGGUCGCUAUUCUUUGCCCUUUGUCUCUGUAUCUUUUAUUAUUAUUUUUUUUUUGAAACUCUUGCGGGUGCGAACUGUGCGGUGAGUGGGGCGCGGGGUGGGGUGGUUGGUUGGUUGGUUGUGGGGGGUGCCAGGGCUGGAAACCCGCACCACGCAGCUCUCCCCCAGACACCGAGGUUUGCGCCCCGCUGCACCGCCGUGGCAUCCCGUAGCGCACGCCGGAUCACACUCAACACCCACCACACACGCUCGCUGAGCACUUUUGUAACGGUCAGGCGCGGGCCCCUUGGGACUUUGGGGCGCAGCGCAGCUCCCGCUGCGACAGGAGGGAUAGGGAUGGAUGGAUAUUUAUUUUUGCAUCGCGAUGUCUGUUUAUUUAACUAAGAUCUUUUUACCUUGGAGAUAGAUGUCCGCGACGCUCCCGAACGGCGACGAAUAAAGUCAAUAUAUUUGCACAGUU